AUGCCCGCACUGGAGAGGAGGCCGCGACAGUUGCUGCUAGCACUUUUGUUGUCACUGGCGUUGGGCAUGCGGCCAAGUCGGAUCACUAGUGGGCUGCUGCGCAGAGGUAUCGCUUCCCCAAAGUUGAGUUUCAUGCUGGGAGCCGUGCCUAUGCUCUCCACCCUUCCUCCGAUCGCCCACGCCUCGCACGGGGCGCGCUGCACGGCGAGUGCCGCAUGCGCAGAUGGAGGAGCCACCACGAAUGCUGACGACCUGCAGAAAGCCAAAGAGCUCCGCGAGCAAAAUGGGCUGGGAGACAUCUCGGCAUCGGCUCAAGCCUUGGAGCAGCUUCCUGAUGUCAUCAUCGACGAGGGCACCUUUAAGUAUGUUCUGCUGCGUGUCACAGCGGCGAGUGGAGAGAGAAAAUAUCUCGUCCGUGGCACCCUGGGUGCUGAGUUCCACAAAGAUGUGGCGCUGCCCUACGUCCGGGCGUACCUCAAAGACGGCUUCGGCGUAGAGAUCCUCGGUGGCGGCCGAAUCUUGCACGAUGUGCCGAGGGGCUUCCUGAAGCUCUACGGCUUCUCCUAUGGCUUUCCCUGGGCCGAUGGCGCUGGGCACGAGAUCUCUGCCGAGGUUUGCAGAGAGUUCUUCUCCGGCUACGAGGUGGAUUGGACGAAUGACGGCUACUGA